AUGCCUGCCACGAGAACAGGCCGACAGAGCUCGCCGAGCAAGGACGACGGCAGUCCGUCCAAGAUGCGCGUACAGCCCAUGCGUGGCGCCCGUCUGCGCAGUGCAUCACCAUUCUUUGAUUCUACAAGCACGUCCACCAGCGCCGUCACAUCGCAGCAGUCAUCUCAGUCCUCGUCACCAGCCAAGGCAUCUCCAUCCAAGUCUGCUCGCCCCUCGCCAAGAAAGAAGGCACCUGCCGCGUCUAGUGCGCUGCAACCUCCGCCAAGACGAUCUACUCGUUCGCGAUCCCGUUCGGUCGAUCCAGAGAGCCUGCACGUCAUCGAGGAGGUAUUCGUGCCAUCCGAGCCCCGGGAUGCGUCCGACACGCCCGACUCGGACGGUGGAGAGUCACGGUCCGGCGCCGAUCAAACCCAAGCAAGCGCAAUACAAGAGCACAGCCUCGCCUCAAUAUCCGAAGAAACGGCUCACCCCACAAUGUUUCCGCUAAGCGGAGGCACCGAGGAAGGUUCCUCGAGCAACUCCUCAGACAGUGAUUCGGGAUCCGGCUCGGACUCGGACGCAAGCUCGAACGACGAUUCCGAAGUCUCGAGCUCAGCGUCCGACUCGGAAGACGAGCAGGGAGACGACUCCGGCGUCAUUGACCUGGAUGCGCUUCUCAAGGCGUCUCAACAAGCGUACAAGAGUCGGAUUCCCAAGCCUGUCGCUCAAACUCGGUUCGAGGACAAUCAGGAUGUCAUCUCGAUUGACGGUGGCUCGGGCAGCGUACAAACCGGCAAGCGUUCCAGCAAGAACCUGCCUCUCGUCGUCAAAGCCAAGCAUCAGAUGGCCAAACUGCAGCCAAAUGCUGACAAACGACCUGGAGCUUCUACAGACAAGCUCGACCAACAGAUCCGAGCGCUCGAUCAAGGAGAUCUGGCCUCGGACAAAAAAAAGUCCAAGCACGCCCGUACCGUCCAAACCUCGACGGGCUCCAGCUGGUUCGACAUGCCCGAAUUCGGCGCCUCUGCAUCGCGUCUGGCGACGCUCAAGAAGCAGUCGGGUGCUGACCGCGGCCACGCCAAAGUCACUGGUGGCGAUGCUCGACUCGCGUCGGCGGAACAGCUUCGUCGCGAAGUCCAGGCGCUCCGACUGCGUAACUCCCUCGAUCCCAAGCGAUUCUACCGAGCGUCGGCCAAGAACCAGGCCAUGCCCAAGUUUGCACAGCUCGGCAAGAUCAUCGCUUCCCCGCUCGAGCCAAAGGCGGUCCUAUCUCGCCAGGAGAGGGGACGAACCGUCGUCGAAGAGCUCAUCCGCGACGCCGAAGCGGCGUCCUACGCCAAGCGCAAGUUCGCCGAAUCGCAAGCUAGCCAUCGGACCAACUACAAUGGCCGUCGCAAGCCUUCCUCCAAGAAGAGGCGCACUUGA